CCGCGGAGGAGGCGGCGGGGCAGCGCGGCGGCGGAGCGGGCCGCGGGCUCGGCGUGAGGCGGCGCCGGCGGCGGCGGGGCCGAGCCGAGCCGAGCCGGGUAGGCGAAAGUCGCGGCCCCGCUGAACCCGCCCCGGGGCCUGCGGGAGCAGCAUGGCCGCCAGCCUGUGGAUGGGGGACACUGUUGAGCCUGGUUCAUGCAUGCCUGCUGGUUUUGAGUGGCAUCGACCCUCUUAAAUGAGUCUUCUUUUUGAAGUCUGGAGCCAUACAUGGAUGAAAACUUUGUUUCAAGAGCCUUUGCCACCAUGGGAGAGCUUGUACUGAGUGUAAAAAUCAUUCGAAACAGGUUGACAGGAAUUCCAGCAGGCUAUUGCUUUGUAGAAUUUGCAGAUCUAGCUACUGCAGAGAAAUGUUUACACAAAAUCAAUGGAAAACCGCUUCCUGGUGCUACACCGGCAAAGCGAUUUAAAUUGAAUUAUGCAACAUAUGGAAAACAGCCCGAUAACAGUCCAGAAUAUUCACUUUUUGUGGGAGACCUGACUCCUGAUGUGGAUGAUGGCAUGUUAUAUGAAUUUUUUGUUAAAGUUUAUCCAUCAUGUAGAGGUGGAAAAGUUGUUUUGGACCAGGCAGGAGUAUCCAAAGGUUACGGGUUCGUGAAAUUCACGGAUGAACUGGAACAGAAAAGAGCGCUGACAGAGUGUCAAGGAGCUGUGGGGUUGGGCUCUAAACCUGUACGCUUGAGUGUGGCUAUACCAAAAGCUAAUCGUGUGAAACCAAUGGAGUACAAUCAGAUGUACAACUAUAAUUAUAACCAAUAUUACCAACAAUAUCACAACUACUAUGCCCAGUGGGGCUAUGACCAGAACACAGGCAGUUACAGCUACAGCUAUCCCCAGUAUGGAUACACGCAGAGCACAAUGCAGACAUAUGAAGAAGUUGGUGAGGAUGCAUUGGAAGAUCCGGCGCCUCAGUUAGACGUCCAUGAAGCAAAUAAACAGUUUAUGGAACAGAGUGAAGAGCUUUACGAUGCCUUGAUGGACUGUCAUUGGCAGCCUUUGGACACUGUCUCGUCAGAGAUUCCAGCCGUGUUAUAGCCUCGUUGCUGAGGCACUGUGUCUGUGUGACAAGCCCGCCAGUGCGCUCCAGACUGUUAUGCUGCACCUGGAUCCUGCAGUAGUGAGGGGUGGCCCUUUCUCCACCCAGGUCUGUUACUCAAAGUACAGGAGGACUGUGGCCUUUCCUGUACAGAAUGAGUAUCGUAGGAGCAUCAUGGUAACUUUUAUUCAUGGUGAAAGUUAGAACUGCAACAGUUUUAUUCCUUUUGUCUUGAAAUGAACUCUUAAUACUUAUUGGGAAUUGUAAUUUAUAAACUUUCAACGAGAUGGCACAGGGGAAAGACUCUACUCCAACGUACAAUAAAAAUGUUGGUCUUUUAAGUAAAAUUACCCUUUGCAUUUUGGUUCCUGCCCAUCUUUCUGUUUUGCUGCCCAUUUAACUGUCUUCAGUCGUUUGAUCCAACUCUCAUGAAUGUGUUAUUUUAAAAAAUCAUUGUUGGAUACCACUAAAAUGGCUCGAAAGCUUUCUAGUGACUGGGUAAGGUUGCUGUAACUUGAGCACAGGAAAGAACCAUGUAGAUGAAAGCUUACGUUCUGUUUAACCUAAGCUGCGAUCUUGAGCUAGCAAGUUUAUAGCUCGGUGUUCUUAAGCAACUACCUGAAGAGCAUUUUGGAGAGUAAAGACAGAAAGGAACGUUAGAAAACCACUGCAGACCGAUGCCUUCUACCUGAUGAUCUCUCGCACGUUUGGCUUGCUUCUCCACCUGUGUAUGAGGAAAUAAUUCCCUAUCAGUCAAGCAGUUUAAAACACUUUUACCAGCAACCUUGUUUAAACGUUAUUUUGUGUAUCAUGCCUUUUUUUCAUUGUGGAUACAUCUUGAUGGUUUCAUUAAGAUGUUAAGAUUUCAUAGCGUCUUCCACUGUCCUGUCAGAGUGAAUAUGGUGAAACUGAAGAUCUUGCAGCAAAAACGGGUCAGAGCAAUCUAAUCGAUAUAUUGUGCAACAAAUUGUUGCUAACCUGGAAAGCAGUUUUCUACUGGACGUUGUAUAAGCUGGAUGGACAAGCAAUAUAUUUAAGCUAAUAUUAUGUUGCAUUAGAAGUGAAAGCAAAAAUAAUAGCACUUAUGUACAUGUUAUAAGCCCUUUCCAGGCUUUUGUGCCUUAAACUCUUUGAGAAAUAGGAACAGAUAAACUACCUGUAAUAAAUGUCUAUCCAAGGAAUAGUUUGGUAACUGAAAUUGCUACUGCAAAGCAUUUAGUUGCCUCCAUGCCCAUGUUGAUGCAGAGAUUUGCCACAAAAUUUAAAUACUUUCAUAAAGCCUACUUCUACUACACCUUUGUUUGUGUCCAUAAUUAUGAUAUAAUUGUCAGUCUGUGGUCUUUUUAUCAACUGCAAUGGUAAACGCACUGUGAAUAUGUGGGGAAUGGUGACAUAUACUGGAGUUAGCGUAUUUCUGAACAAGUAGAACUGGAGGACUACUGGACCCCUGCGUUCUCAUCUGCUGUGAAUUUUUUCCUCCUGCUGUGCAUCUGACUGUGCUGUGGGCUGUUAACAGUGUCCUAAGCUUCAGUUACUCUGAAUUUAAGGAAAUGAAUGUUCCCUGCGUGUGAUGGUAGUGCUUCAGAGGCAGCAGAGAAGUGGAAGAGAGCAGAGUGCUUUUUUUCUUCUGAUGCAGCUGGUCAGCUCAGAUGAUGCCCCUCUUCUUGAAAAGUGCCUGUUCAAUAUAGUGGCAUUUCAGAGCUCCCAGCCAUUAUUGCAGCAUCUGAAGCACAGAGGAGACUUUCAUGUGGAGCUACAAAACAGCCAGUCACCUGGAUUUUGUAGGGUUUGUGUUUUGGAAUCCAAGUUAAACAGAGUGUGGGAUUUUGUUUCUCAUGGACAGCUACAGGAAAAGCCCUGAUUAAUUACCAUUUAGCGUAACACAAGAUGAAAGACAAGGACUCCGUGUAGUAAGGUAAAUUCUGCUUUUAUCUUUAUGUGCUAAAGGCAAGAAAUCCAAGGCAGAUGAUAUCAUAGUUCACUGGGAUUAUGUAAUUCUUGAAACUUGCAUCAAAAUCUGAGACUGAGAUUAUUAAGUAUUCUGCCUUUCAGCAUGCAAUAUUUACUAGUAAUUACAAAAACAACUCAAACGUUCUUACUGUGUUACUUGAUGAAGAUGUGAUGAUCCAACUUAGGUUAAAUUGCAGGGACUCUCAGAUUACCAUUUGAGUUACAUAGACUGAAAAAUGUUUAGCCAACUGCAGAGCUGGAAAGACGUGGGUGUUCUCCUGUUGGGCAUGAAGUGGUGAUUUCCAAAGCAUAAGCUGCAAGGCUGCGGGGUGGCAUGUUGCCAUUAACAUGUGUUUAAUUAAAAGCUUGACAGUAAGCAUUGGGGGUGGCCUGUGAGAAAUUCUGACCAGCUUCCAAUGGGAUGAAGAGUUUGAAACCAUUUCUUUAGCAAAUGUGGGUCUGUACCAGCGCAGGCCCUUGUAUGGGCUGAGGGGUCUGAUGGGGGCUAGCGAUGAUGUUUUCUGUAUGUGCCUGAGUAGAGAAAAUUCCUGUUACUUGGACUGGUUUCAGGAGACGGGUUCAUAUCCCGCACACCAAGAAGUACCGAACACCCUUAGGUAUUUCUCUGAAUCCCUUUUGAGGAACAAAGAUGUUUGACUCUGAUCUUUGCAUAGUCAGUUUCUCAUUACUGGCUUGCUAAUCCCCAGCUUCUGCUAAACAAGAUCUGAGAGGAAUUUUUACCUUCCAGCCUUGCUAUCUCCCGGUGCAUCUUGUAAAGCAUACUGGAUACACCAGUUUCUGGAUUUAACUUGGGAUUUGCUUAGACAUGAAAUUAAUUCAAUGGCAGGAUAGGGUAUGAAUUUUAAAUGCAACAGCCACAUUUAGAAACUGAUAGAUGGAGCUAGUUCAGCAAAUGUCACUCUGACAAAGCUUGCUUUACCUUUUUGCUUGGUUAGAGCAUUUCUUCAGAAAAUAUCUCCUUUUUUUUUCAAGUUACUAUGCUUUUCUUCCUUAGCAGUUAUUCUCGGUCAAAAAUCCCUUUUGUUUUUUUCCAAGUUACUAUGCUUUUCUUCCUUAGCAGUUAUUCCCCGUCAAAAUGGUUUUACCAAGUGCAGUCAGUUUUGUAAGAAGGGUUUUGUGGUACUGCUUGGUACACACUCCUUUUUUCUCAGGUAUCAUGCUGCUUCUGCUGUAAAAUUUCCAGGGUGAAAGCAACAGUAGAUAACGCAGUUAAGGCGAUAUAGAUUGAGAGCUUUACCUGGCCAGGGCUUGCCUUGUCCCCUCAACACAUAGGAUCCCUGAGGAGCCACAGGCACAGCAACCCACCUGGACCACUAAUUCAUACUUCCUUUUCCUUACUGUCACUUUAUCACAGAGCGCUUCCCUGCAGGUUGUCUGCUCCCACCUGUCUGGUGAUGGGAAUUGCAGCCUCUUCCAGUAUUUUCUCCCCAUCUUGCGCUAUGGAAGAGACUGAUGUGAGGCCAUACCGGGAGGUUUCAUCAGGGCUUUGCUGACCUUGUGGUCGAGCAUCCCAGAGAUGCAGUGGGAUUUUCUCUGCUUCUCUUUGGAUCUCUGUCCAUCUUCUCAUGAUGGGCUGAGGUCUACUGAGCAUCCAUUGGUUUUCGGUAUUGCUCUUUGGGGAUUCUCCCCGUUGAGCAUUUGGAAGAAUCUCUUCCCAAACACUUGAUGUUUACCAAGGUUUGAAUUUUGGGGGUGUUUUUUGGUUUUUGGUUUUGUUUUUUUUUUGCUACAGUGAGCUUCCAGUUUCUGUCCUGCCCUAGGAUUUGACAGGGAGAUUUCUAGGUUCAUCUUGCAUGAGUCGCUGUGCCAAGGAAAAUCCAGGCUGUCCAGGGAAUGCCUUGUGACUUGGCAGAGCAGCUGCAAGAUCCAUGGAGGACGGGACCAGCUGCUUUGACCUGUCCUGGGCCUGACCUAACCUGUCCCUGCUGACUUUGACAAGGGCUGUUUUUAGAAGAAGUUGGUCACGCAAGGUUUGGGGCUCACUUCCAGACUUACUUCUGCUUUAAAUAGGUGCUGGGCUUAUUUUGUUGGUAAUGUGGCACGUCUGUGGUGGGGUUACCAGCUUGAAAGGGCGAUUCCUGAGCACUGUGAAUUUUUUCAUUUGUGAAUUUUGCUCAGAACAGAUUAAAAACUAACUCUUCUUCUCCCUCACCGUUUUUGCACUUUCUCCAGGGCUCAGGGGCAGGAAGCAGUCUCGGGCUUUUCAACCUGAUUUCUCACAGUGGCUGUGGCUUCAGCAUCAGUACCUGCAGAAAUUUCAGCACUCCCUUCCAACCAGUUGGCAAGUGCUCUCAUUUUAUCCACCAAUUAUGGAUCGUAAGCCAGGAACCUGACAGAGCAGCAUCUUGGCAUGGAAGGUGAUGCCAGUGUGUGGGAUGGCUGGUGACAGCCUCAGCUCGGCAGCAUUGGGCAGGGUUGCUUGGUGUUUUGGAGCUCGCUCAGCCGAUGUCCUGCCUGCCGGAUAGAGCCGAGGAAUUACUUAGUGGAAAAGGCCGAGCGCUUAUGAGCCCCUGUCCCCGGUGGAAGGAUUGGGUUUGCUUUUCUUAGGGCCCGAAUCGUGGGGGAAGCUGUGACAUGGAGCACGUCUAAGUCGAGUGUGGAGCCGAGAUGAGCCGGUCCCUGAGGCUUUCGGUGCUGCAGUGCAAGACUUGGUUCUUCUCCAGCCCUCUCCUGGAAGCGGGAGCUCUGCAUAGCCAGAUCCUGGCUCCUUCCAGAGCCAUGAGCUCCCCCAGGUGGGAACAGCUGCUUCUGUGCUCCGCUCCCCUGUGCCACAGGCAGAGGGAACUCAUUUGGCUCCAGGUGCUGCUCAAGCUCUCGUUCAAACACUCUGCAUGGAAGAAGGGUCCCUUUUGUGGAGUUUUCUCAGGAGAAGAGCUCGGGGCAGGGUCUGAAUAUAAAAUAUUUUGAGAGUUGAAUAAAGGCAAUCACUUGAAAUCCUU